UAUAAAUAGUUGAUAUUUGCAGAAGCCAGACUUGAAAUUAAAUCAAAAGACCUAAUGCCGCAACAAUUACCAAAAGACUUGAUAGGAGACAUCCUUUGUCUCUUGCCACUGAAAUCUCUUGCCAGAUUCAGAGCUGUGUGUAAGGAAUGGAACACUAUUUGGGAAGAUAAGAGUUUUUCGAACCACUACUUGUCUCGCAUGCGUCCUCAAUUCAUGGUAGCGACCAAGUACCAGACUUGUUCGAUAGAAAUCAAUCUCGACGAGGAGGACCAUGUUUUGUCGUCGAUAGUGGAGCGUGAUAUAACUUUAGAAUAUCCAUGUGAAACACAUACAUCAAUAGGUUAUUGUGAUGGGUUCGUGUUAUUUUGUAUGUACAAGAAAGGGUUUGCGAUUUGGAACCCUUGGGUAAGACAGAAUAAGUUUAUAGAGAAUCAAGAAUUCGAUUUCUGUGGCAUAGGGUACGAUGUUACGGGUUACAAGAUAUUUGGAUUGAUGUCUUUUUACGAUAGUAGUGGAGAAGACAACUACAAAGUUGCCAUCUACGAGUGCAAAUCUGAGGUGUGGAAGUUUAUUAAUGACACUGGUCUUGAACCACGACGUCUGAUAAUGCAAGAUAAUAUCGUGUCUAUUAAAGGGAAUUUAUAUGUUAUUGCUAUCGAUAGAAAAACUCGUGAAUCUUUCCUCCAGUCCUUUGAUUUCUCAGAGGAUCAAUUCAAGACUAUUUGUGCUAAUUUACCUAGUAUGGAAGGUUGCUUUACAGGACUCCUUGCGGUUUUCAGGGGAGAUCGAGUUUCCUUGUUAAUGCAAUCAGAAGAAGUGGACAUGAAGGUUGAGAUAUUGGUGUCAAAACAAAGGGUUGACGAACACGGAGAGGUCCUAGUGUGGAUAAAUUUCAUGACAGUGUCAAUACCUGACUUCCCGAGUUUACAACCGCAUAUUCUUUACCCUCGUCCUACUUACUUUGUUGACGGCGAAAAGAGGUUAUUUGUGUGUGCUUUUGAUGAAACCGAGCAUCUAUGCAUCUACAUUGUCAAGGGAGAUGUGCUGAAUUCUAACGCAAGAGAACAAAGAAUACGUUUGUUUAUCUUGAAAGCAGAGGCUUAA